AUGGCGACUUUCGUGAGACUGAUGGAAUCAAGGGGAAAAGUUGUCGAUCAGUUAUUCGAAAAUAAGAGGUUAGAUUAGUUAUUUGAAGCUAUAAGUGUGUCGUUUAUUUAUCAUUUUAUUCUUAGCUUCUUUUCAAUAUAACCACUCACGUUCAGUUUUGAAUUUUUUCAACAACAUUUUGCACCGUAGUAUUUUUGCUCUCCAGUGUAGUGUUAUUUAUUUAUACAAUAAGGUUUAUUGGCGAAAGAUUUCGGCGAUCUGUUACCGAUUAAUAUAUUAUUUUACCGUAAAUAGUCCUGCUCUGUCGGGAAGAACUUAAGCGGUUGAAUUGUUUCGAUGUUUUAGUACAGUUUGCGCGCAAGCAACAGGUAUUCAAAACAUGUUUCUCUCGCUAAAUAUUUGACAUGAAAAACACUACACUGUUUAAAUAGCAUUGCGGUAAUUCACUCAUAGUGUUUCGCUACAGCCAUCCAUUGACGUUAAUCACUUAUCAACGCAUACAAGGAUCAUUAUAAAAGAUAACAAUAUGUCAACUUUAUCAUUUUCAUACCAAUUUGUUGUUGAAUUUGCAGAGAUGCCGAGGAUCACAGAAAUAACGAAUUCCUGGCUGCGCUUAAAAUCCAAAGUUGGUUUAGAGGAACUAAAGUUCGAGCUUACUUGAGGUAGGACCUGUGCAUGUUACAGAACUGCACAUUCUUUUGUAUAUAUGUUCUAGUAAAAUGCUUCUCCAAUGAUGAUUUUAGGAAUUUGCUGCGUUGCUUAAGCCCCUUUUCCCAUGGAAAAUAAUUGGGCAUCUAUAUUUGUCCCAAUAAAAUGUAUCUCCUUUUCCCACUAGCUAUGAAACAGCAAGGAAGACUUCCACACUGCUUGUAAAUGUCUCAAACUCCCAGAAGUGAUUAACAUUUAACUUCUCCCUAUUAUAUUCAUUACAUUUGCCAGCAAACAGGUAAUGAGAAUUCCUAAGCAAAUCAGGUAAAUGUUGUUAUCUUGACUUAACACCAAAUUCUUGUAGCUAAAUUACAGAGAAAUGUGUAGCAGCUAGAAGGGAGAAUUUUCAAUCAGAUCUUGGAGUUAAAGGGUUAACCUUGUUGUCUUAAGGGUGCAAGGACUAACCUAAUUGUCUCAAGCUAUGUCUUAUCCAGAAAUCAAAAUGAGGAAAAGCAUUGUACACUAGAUCAUUCAUCACUUCCUUCUUUAACCCAUUUAACUCCCAAGAUCUGAUUUUCAAUUCUCCUCUCUAGUUAAUACAUAUUUCCUUAUAAAUUAGGAACAAGAAUUUGGUGUUAGAUCAAAAUAACAACUUCUACUUGAUAUGUUUGAGUAUUCUCAUCACCUGUUUGCUGGGUAAUGUAUAGAUAAGAUAGAGAGAUGUUGCAGGUUAAUCACCUCUAGGACUUAAAGGGUUUAUUCGAGUAUGGCAUUGGAAAUUAUAUUAUUUGUCAUUGUUUAAUCAUGCCAAUCUGAAAAGUACACAUUGCACAUAUGUUUUUUGCUGCAGAUUUCUCCAUUAUUGUGCCACCACUGUGCAAAGACAUUUCCGGGGACACAAAGGUAGAGAAAUAUACAGACAGAUUGUACAGGUAAGAAGAUUCAUAAUGAAGCUCUUUUUUCAUCAUUGUUGUUUAUGAAGUAAGACAUUAGCUAAGAUAAUAUGUAUCUAUUGACUGAGUGGAGGGGAUGUUUAGAUAAAAAUUUGGCCCAAGAGCGAGCACAGCAAGGUCUUUGCAUUGUAACCUCUAAAUUUUCAUUCCAUGGUAGUGUCAAUCAUACAAAGAUUAGAACAUCAAGGGGGUAUUGUAUCAAAUCUGGUCAAAGCAACAUAUAAAUUUUGGAACCAGAAACUGACUAGGCUGAAUUAUGCGAGACUUGAAUAUUGGUCUUUGAGGUAUAAUUCUCUUUAAAAAAUUAGAACUUUAAUACUUAAGGAAAUUUGUAGACAUCUUUGAUUUAAGAAUUUGGCAAAAAACUUACUCUUUUGUUAGGAAAAAGUAGCCAUGAUGCGCACUGAUUUCUUUAACAAGCAAGCAACACUGGUAAGUGAAAGACAUAGCUACAGAUGUUAUUUUUUGGUAACCCUCCAUUUAUUUCUAGUGAGGGCUUUUUAUUUAAUGUUAUAACUGAGAACUUGUACACUUUUUUCUUUCAGAUUCAGAAAUUAUGGAGAGGUAAUUUAUGCUCUGAUGUGAAUCAAGAAUAAUUUAAUGAUGUGAAAUAAAAAGUUUUGUGUGAUUUAUAUCACCCUUCCCUCUGAAGUACAACUUACACCAACUUACUUUGAAACUUUUUUUUUAAUGUAGGUUAUUAUGUUCGUAAAUAUAUCUACAAUUACUACAGUCGUAAGAGGUAUUUGGAAGGAGUCAUACUCAAGAAUGAAGUAGUUCGGUGAGAGAGUUUACCUUGUUACUGUUUCCUCCUAGUUUUGGUAAUUUUAGUGUUUAACCCUUUAACCUGUAAGAGUGACUAGCAUCUAAUUUCUCCUUACAAUAUCACCCCCAAAUCACACAUUAAGGUAAUGAGAAUAAAGGAAAUGGUCACCAACUAAAGAAGCUCUGGAUUAUGAAACAAAUUCUCCACAUCAACUCCUUAGGAAAUAUAUAUAGAACUGUAUGGAGAAUAUGCAUACUGAUGUUAGGGUGGGAAGGGUUUACUCCUAUAAGUGAGUGACCAAGACACAAUUUCUCCUUACAAUAUCAAUACAAUGUCAACCAGAUAAGUGAUGAGAAUAAAGAAAAGAGGGUUAUUAAUUGAUCCAAUACUAACUUCUCCAAACUAACAUCAUAAGAAUUGCAUAGUGACAGUAAGGAGAAUGAUAAAUGAGAUCUUGGGAGUGAAAGGGUUAAGUGAUUGGGAAUAUUAAGUUACUCCUGGAAAGUCAGUGCUAUAACUGUGCAAAUCAUUGAAUUCUGAAAUGGACCUUUAGUUUUUCUUGGCAUCAUGCUCACUCUCUCACGCUGACCUGUUGGUGCAUUCUCUUGUGUUGAUGUGAGCUUUUUGUCAUUCCUCUGUGCAAGUACAGAAAUUCAAGAUUGUACUGUUAUGCACAGUAGUUUAAGUUAGCCUUACGAUAUUAUGUGUACAUGUUACAAAAGAAAUUUUUAAGAAAAUAUUGAUGAUCUCUAAUGUUUUAUCCAUGGUUUCAGGAAAGAGUUGGAGGAGUUUGCUCUUAAAUCAAAACAAGAAAAGGAACGGAAAAGGGAAAUUGAAGAAAAGGUAAUAUGAUGUGAAGUAUUCAUCAUAAAGAAACUGGGAUAAGCUUACAACUCACUUGCAGGCAUCUGCAGCGGGAGGUUGCAGGUUGUAGAAAACAGACUAUUUUACAGUUACGUACUUAGUUGUCAAGCCUGUGAUUUAGAGUAAGGCUUAUGGUGACCUUGUUAUGAUAGAGACCAGUAUCUAGUUAGCAAUUGACGAUCACUCUUUUGAAGCCUUUAAACUCUUUAUGGUGGCCAAUUUGUGCUCUUCCAUUGAUGUAGCACCACAGUUUCUUUUGAGACUUACCCCCUUCAAAUGAAGAGCCACUUUAGUUAGUGAUCCUAGCCUUAAUUCUCCUAGGGGCCUUGAAGUUUGAUUCAGUGGUGGUAUUGUAAGGAGAGAUUAUAUACCAUUUUUCCUAGGGGUUGAAGUGUCAACUAGCUACUACUUCAAAGAAUAUGUGAUGUUUAUGAUUGAACAAUGUCUGCCUCUGACACAUGAACAAGUUCUAUUUUUCCUCUUCAGAAUGAUAAAACACUGAGUAAAGUAUAUUGUUUGCUAAUUCCUUAUUUUAGCUUGCAAAAGAGGAGAAAGCAAGAAAAACACACUACUACAUCAGCACUCAUCAAAUCCCUGGAGUAUACAACUCACCCUUUUUCCCACCACAACCAUCAGCAAAAGAGAUUGAGUUGAGGAAUGCAAGACCUCUAAGCCGCAGAAGCCGGCAGAAGCUGAAAUCAGAUGCAGCACAGAUUCUUGAUCAAUCUCGAAGUGUUAAAAUGGUUACAAGGGAGUCCAAGACUGUGCCUCUUCCUCCAAUAUCUAUGAAGUCAACCGCAAAAGUCCAAGUAAGGAUUGAUUUUAAAAUAUUACCCUUGAGAUUAGAUGAAAAGAACAGUUCAGAAAUAUUCAAUUGAAUGGUGACAAACCAGGUUGAGUGUGACAAAGGGUUUAAAUGUGAUACAAAGAUCAAAGAAAGACCUUUGAGCAUGAUUUGUGAAUUUACUAACCAGUGUGAGGUGUAAUUUGUUUCCUGAAAUAUAACUGACUUGCGAUUUUUUUUCUUUUAUUUCCUGAAAUUCUCAAGAUUUCCCCUGAAACCUAGCACAUAUGAGGAAGGAUUUGAAGUUUUCCCUUUUAAAUUAAUGUUGUGAUGUGAGAAAUUGCCUGAAACAGGACUUUCCUUCCCCUGCCUCAUGCUACCCUCUAUGGUUUCACUCACAGACUCUAACGUUAGGAUUCAUUCUUGUACAGCAUAAUAAACAGUAUGGUAGCCAUAUGAAAGUACUACUCAGAAGCUGUAAUUUGAUUGCAGUCACAUGCCAGGGUUUCAUCCACAGACUUAAAAGUUAUAUCACUUUGCUAAGCUUUGUUAACACAGUACCACAUGGAAUUACUACUAGUUAGAAGCUUUCACUUGAAUAAUCACAAUUUUGCUGUCUUUGAAAAAUUUACUUGUGGUUAUUAACACCAAAUUGCACUUGAAAUCAUGUUAUUACCUAUAAUUACAGUCCUAACAUUGGAACCUUAUACAACUCAGCUUCUAUAUUGCCCAUAUACAUGUAGCAAAAGUAUCUGGGAUUGGUAACUAACAGUUCUUUUUUAACUUUAGGGUCCAUUCCGUACUCCAAAUGAGGUGUGGCAGCAGAGACACAAACCUCUAAAUCCAACAUUAAGGGUGGCCACUUCUUACCUCUCAGCAGAGGAUGCAAGGUAAAUGCUGAAUGAUUUCUAAGCUGUAAAUUAAGUAAUGAGCUGGUUUAAGUUUAGUGCAAGCUUUCAAACUCUUAACACUGGCCAAUUUACGUUAUCAACUCAGUUGAUAAUACCAAAUUACCUUGUUAUACUCCCCUACCGACGCAGCACCACAGUUUCUUUAGAAUCUUACCCCCUUUAUUUAUUAAGUAUAUAAGUAUUAACAACAGUCUAACUCGGGACUAUACUUUUAUCUUGAUGAUGGAUCAGACCACAUGACUUUGAACUCCCAUAAGUGACCGAGAUAUACUUUCCCCUUUCAAUAUCAAUACAAUAUCAAGUAAACAGGUUAAUGAGAAUAAAGAAAAAUAUCCAAUACCAAAUUCUCCAAACUAUCAUCAUAAGAAUUGUAUUGCAGACAGCAAGGAGGAUUACUACUGAGAUGUUGGGAUGGAAAGUGUCAAAUGAUACUAUUCGGUUCAGACUAUUUACUGUGUUAUAUUUUCAUUUCUCUCUCCUAGAGCUGACAUGAAAGCUGAUGAAUGGGUAACAAGACUGAUAGAUGAUAAGUGAGUUGUCAACUUAUCUUGUCCUAACGAUUAGAUGUUGAUGAAAGUGCAAGCGUCUUUCAACUGAGACACUGAGCCAUAUCUGAGAAUGUCUUACGCGACUAUGAAAGUGGACCAAGCGCGUUUGAUAAUCACCUCCUUGUCAUUUCUCUUCAUCAGCCAUAUAUCCAGUUAGAACGAUAUAUGGGUUCGUAAUCUUGUUUUCAGAGUCUGGCCAGCCAGGUGUCCCGAUUACUACGUGCAUGACAAACAGGACCACUGGGAUGAGGUUGAUGGUACUUUCAUCAAUCAUUGCUUGGAUCUUUCCUGCAUUCUUUCACAUACUUUACCAUGCCUGUUUCCUGUUUCUUUUGUCUCGCCGUAACUACAAAGUGUAACACAGUGGUUUAAUGUCUGCGCAUGUGUUAACGUUGCUGUAGCCAGGGAUCGUGGUUAGGUGGCGUGCUUUCAGGCUCUUACAUCCAAGUUCUCUCACCGGAGUUAGAAAAGCCACACGAGCGAGUACGUUACGGUCUUUGAAAACCGUAAACUUUUCCUGAUAACGCUCAAAACAAAGCGGUAAAUCAACGUGAAACCCGAAACUAAAUAAGCUUUGUGUUCGAAAAGUUUUGAGUUUUCCUUCCAUGUACUGUUUCUCCCUCCUACAAAUUUCUAUGAACGUCUCCGCAUAUUUUGCGUGACAGCGGUGCACGAAAAACUACUUUGAUGUAUACUCCUCAACGUGCUCCAUGUUGAUAAAGUCUCAGUCUUUCAUGCUUUUUCCGCUGAGUUCUUUUGUUAUCUUUGACGAACGCUUGGACUCACUCGUGUAUCUCACUCGUGUAUCUUGGAAUCACCAGUGUAUCGUAUUUCACCAGUUGAUGGAUACAUUACUUUUUUGGCAAUUUUUAUUAGGCGUUAGGUAGGACACCGCCAUCAUCACGAUUUAAAGGAUCGUGGGCGGAGUUGAUAUGCCAGGCUUCUAAACGAAGGCAGUGGUGGUAACGCCGUUUAGCGUUUAAUUUUAGAAUUAUUCCAUCCAUUUGUAUUGUUAGUUGGGCAUGUAUGCUCCGAAAAAGCUGAAUUUUCUUAUUUGCAAAAGAAGACCGCUUUUUGAUGCUCUUUCAAACGUGUACCAAACUGACGUGUGGUUUGUCCGAUAUACUCGUGAUUACAGUCAUUGCACGGAAUAGAAUAAAUAGCGUCGUUGUUCGUUGUUCUUUCGUGACAGGAUCCUUAGCUUUGGCAAAAAUAUGCCCUAAUGUCUGAAAAGGUUUUUCCACAACCGUUACGUUAAAGUUGCUCAAAAACCUUUUCGGACUUUAGGGCAGCUUUUAACCUCUACAUAUCACACUACAAGACCGAAAUAACACUUGCUAGUAGAAUCUUGUCUGGCAAAGAAGCUUCCCGUUUCCCUGAAAUGUGAACAUCAUCGGCAAUUUCUUUCCUCUGAACAAUCUUUCCACAGCUAACAGUUUCCUCUGCAAUCAUACAAUGAAGGAGAUUCAAUCCAUCACCUUCUCUUUAACCUAUUUCUUACCUGGACUAAUGCCACAGGAAACACAGGAACUUUCUUUCUCCUUACUCCUCGUUGGACUCAUUUUACUCUACUGAUCAUGUUGGGUGUACUGUUCAUCAUCUGCUCAAGGUUUGGUGAAUCCAUCACGAGGUGACCUUUGAGAUCUGCGUGUAAUUCUCCCCACUGAAUUUCAUACAUUUCCUAGUUUUCAGUUUAGAGAAUUUUAUGUUGUAUCAUAAGAUAUUAUAUCACGUUGUCCAGGACUUUUAUCCCAAUUUUUACUAUCUUUCUCCUAAACGGUGUUUUGAUUUAGAAGAAGUUACAUGCUGUUACCUCUGAUUGUUUCAGGUUUGUUCCAUGUACUCAUCGAGAGCGCCCUUAUGAACCUCUACUACACACAACGUCACAAUAUGGAAGGUGAGUUCAGUUUCAAAUCAGCCAAUCAGAGCAAAGGAAAAUAUCAUAAGGAGCCAAUGAGAGCUUGUAAAUAACUGCGUGUGACAAAAGCGCGGGAAAACGUGUGUCACCAACAUGCGACUGGCUCCAGUUUACCUCUGAUUGGUGGAAAAAGUGGCGCGAGUUUUUUUAGACCAAUCAGAGCGCGAAGGAAAGGAAAGCAAGCACUAUCCCGGAUUACUUUAAAUACGUAGAAAAUAUUCAUUACAUGGUUUUUCUUAUUUUUUUCAUAUGAAAAUUUUAACGUUCUUUUUCUUUAGUCUUCCUUAUGGAACAAAGCAUUUCAGAGAAGAAAACGUAGACAGACAUAUCACGCCUUCGGUAAGAACUACACAGUUUCUUCUGUAAUUUGUUACCAUGUCUUGUGAUUUUCAUUUGUGGCCUCUCGGUUAUUGCAACACAUUAUUCGCGCCUUCUAGACUGGUGUAUAAUACGAAACUGGAUAAAGACACGUCAGGGGAGGGCUUAGUAACAUAGUGAUCAAACGUCAAGCAUGCGCAGGUGGUUCAAUUUUGACCAGCCGCGUGUCAAUUUCCCGCGCAAAGCUUUAAUAAGAAACAACGCUGUCACGCAAAAUAUGUGCAAAAAAUGUAAAUGAAUUUUUAAAAACAAGAUAAAAAAGAAGGAAAAAGGAAAACUCGAGACUUCGAACACAACGCUUUAUUUAGGACGGAUAUCUCGGUGCUUUAUCGUUUUGUUUUGAGCUUUAUCAGAAAAGUUUCACGGUUUUAAAACACCGUGAAUAACUGGCUUAUAUGGUUGUUUGUAACUUCUGUUAAACAAAUUUGUUGACGGACUGAAAACAUGUCUCUAAGCUUUUACAAAGUUCGCACAUGCGCAGACGUUUGACCGCUGUGUUGGGUUUAGUUGGCUUUUUAGGGAAGGGGGUAGCGAUUUACAUGAUAUUGACGGAAAUGAUGGUCGUAACGUCCGGAAGUCUAAUUAGAAAUAUCUUGAGGUGAGAGUGUCUCGACUUUAAUGCUAACCUUUAAAGGUACUAUUUAGAUGAUUGGGCUAAAUUAGCAGAAGUUACCGGCCUUGGGAAAAAUAUUGAUUAGUUUAUGUACAUAUUUUUUUCUUGGCAGAGAUUUCAAACAGUGGCAUCGCCGAUUCCAAUCUUCGAGCAGUUUGGGAAAACGUACUGAUGUUGAACAUAAUACUACAAUAUUUAAAUAGCAGGUUACCACUUAAAAUGCAGAUGAUGGUUACUAUUUCGGCUUCAAAGUGGUUGGUGUAAAAUAUAGAAAUCGAAGUAGGUUCUAUUUUUCAAAAAAUCUCUCCAUUAAUUUUUUUGUUUUAUUUUUUAAUUUUAUCAUUCUAGUCUACGUUUUCUUCCAUAUUUGUGUUAAGUAGUUGUGCUUCUGCAUCUUUUUUUAAUCUGUUAUUAGUCAAAGCGAAAAUUGAACUUAAAACUUGUCGUGGCGAAUUCUCCUUUGUAAAUAUUCACUGUGAUGGGUCGCGUUUUUACAGUUAAAUUGUAAAAUACGCGAUGCGAAACUGAUAACGAAAAUAAAAUCAUGAUUAAUUAUUUGAAUAUGGAAUUUUCUUCUGGAUUUUUCCGUGCUCUGUGAGUAUACUUUCGGCACUUCUUGUGUUCAAGAGAGCACCAUCUGGUC